AUGUUGUCAAUCUCGAAGUACGCGUGUGUUCCGGUACUUGUGCUGAUCCUCAUCUUCAUUAAUGUCACAGAAAGCUUGUCAGUUCAGAGUAAUAGAAAACAAGAAUCAGGACUGCAGACGGUACAUUCUAUCCAAUUCUCAUAACCUUUCGCUAUUCUCAUCGUUCCAGGCCAACAAUCAUCAAUCUCUGGAAUCCAUUAUUCGAGUCAGGCGCGCCUACAUAGAUGAAAAUGAGGUGAGCCGUGUGUAGAAAUUUCAGCACGACCAGCUGCUAACGUGAUCAAGUCUCAAAGUCUUAUAAUUUGCUUGCAGAACUGCGGUCCACAAGACUUGGAGAUGGUGCACACGAUCAUGGACAGAAUCUGCAUGCUGUGCCACGAGUUACGGUCCCAUUUCGCACCGAACACUCGCGUGGAGUGCCGGAAGGACUGCUUCCGCAACACGACGUUCCAGUCGUGCAUGAAGAUCUUCUCGGGGGUGUCUCCGCAACACGUGCGACACCACGCGGAGCCGACGGCGCCGAUACCCCUGUACACGGAGGAGGUGCAGACCCUCGACGACAUCAAAGAGCGGAGACGAAGGAUCUAA